UAUUCUCUAGUAGUGCUACUGUAUAUGGUCACCCAGAUACAAUUCCUGUAAAUGAGAAAUGUAGCUUAGGCCCAGUAACAAAUCCAUAUGGCAAGACGAAGUUAUUUAUAGAGGAGGCAAUUCGAGAUAUGUGUGCAGCAAAGAAUAAAUGGAAUGCUGUGCUUUUAAGAUACUUUAAUCCUACAGGUGCUCAUCCAUCUGGUAUUAUUGGAGAAAACCCUCGUGGUAUUCCAAAUAAUCUAAUGCCUUAUGUAAGUCAAGUUGUUCAAGGUCGUUUACCUUUUGUUAAUAUUUUUGGCGGUGAUUAUGAUACAGUUGAUGGUACAGGUGUAAGAGAUUACAUUCAUGUUUGUGACUUGGCGACGGGUCAUGUAGCAGCACUCCGAAAGUUAAAAGCAAACCCCGGUUGUGUAGCUUAUAAUCUUGGUACAGGUGUUGGAUAUUCUGUCCUAGAAAUAAUUCAGGCCAUGUCAAAAGCAUGUGGUAAAGAGAUUCCUUAUAAAAUCACAAAGAGACGUCCUGGUGAUAUUGGUGUCGUAACAGCAGAUGCAAGUCUGGCAAAUGUUGAAUUAGGUUGGCACCCAAAGUAUAACCUAGAUCAUAUGUGUCAAGAUCUUUGGCGUUGGAUUGAAUCCAAUCCAUUAGGAUAUCCAGAGCCAUCUAACGAAGCAAAACAAAUUUUACAAAAAAAUGUCUUGAUUUAA